AAAUAUGAACGAUGAUUUGUAAACGUCAUUUCAGUGGAAAACGAAAUAUAUUUGUUAAUGUUAUGUGCUUAAUUAGUUAAUUAUGGAAUCUCCUGACUCUCUUGCAUAUCAGAAAAGCGAUGAUACCAGUCUGGAAGGAGAUAUUUCUGGCAGUCCAACAGGUCAAGACAAUGCGGAAUAUCACACCUUAGAUGAACCUGUUAAAGAGACAAUACUGCGAGAUCUAAAAGCUGUGGGCACGAAAUUCUAUCAUGUUUUAUAUCCUAAGCAGAAGAAAGCUCUGCUGAAAGAUUGGGAUUUAUGGGGACCUCUUAUUCUCUGCGUAUUUCUCGCUGCUGCGUUACAAGAUGAAAGUAAGAACAACGAAAAUGACAGUGGAUUGCAGUUCGCCGAGAUAUUUUUUAUUGUAUGGGUCGGCGCAAUUGUUGUUACUAUAAACUCCAAACUUUUAGGUGGAAAUAUAUCUUUCUUCCAAAGUGUGUGUGUCUUGGGUUACUGCUUGCUUGCACCUUGUAUGGCUUUAUUAUUUUGUUUAUUCCUCGAUGUUCUCUUCAGUCAGACCCUAGCACUUUUCAUAUUUAAAUUUAUUAUAGCUGCUGCAGGAUUUGUGUGGGCUCUUAUCGGAGCUACUGUGUUUUUGGGUGACAGUCAACCACCAAGAAGGAAAGCUCUUGCUGUAUAUCCAAUAUUUCUGUUUUAUUUUGUUGUCAGCUGGAUGAUUAUAUCUCGCUCGUAAAUGUUUUAUUGUGUAUUGAAGAUAUAUUAUUCUUAUUAAUAUGCUAUAGAAAUUACUAAUAAAACUUCAAUUUUUAA